AUGGCGCAAUUGGACAAUGGAACGGAAACGAUCGAACAGGAAAGGAUCACCUUCCAACGGUUUGCUAGUUAUACAUUGGUAUCUGAGAAGGCGGGUUUUAUAUUCAACGCUGAAGCACCAGUAUGGUCGAUCGACUUCCUACCAUCCCCAGAGCUUACCUCACAUUCGUGUGUUGGGCAAGAGAACCAGCACCGCGUGGCGUGUGACUUCCUCGCAGUGGCUACGAUCAGCUCCGACCCCGGCUUGAUCCCCCCAGCAGAGAUUGCAAAAAUGGAGAAAGAUGCGAAGAGCAUCGCGCAGAUCUGGAGCAUCCCUGAUUCCGAGCCAACCAAGUUCCAUGAGCAGCUCUCUAGCGACAAAACAUUUGAUCAUCCACUACGCCGUUCUGGGAAAUCUGUGAUCCCUUUGCCCCGCAACGGUCAACCAACUGUUUCAGGAAACCACAAUGAUUGCCCUCAGUCUAUUCCACCUAAAAUCAAGUUUCAUUUUUAA